CUCUUCCAUCUCCUGGGAGUAGAACACACACGGACAACAGUCUGGAUCUGCAGGGUCUUAAACUUUGGACUCCAUUCAUGUUUGCAUAUGAGAAAGUUUGCAUGUGACUCUGCAUGGAUCUCAGUCCAACACCACUCAAGGAAAUGAGUGUGACUGUUCCAAUUUUCACCAUGGUUUUUUAUUGACUUAUGGAUUUGAAGUAAUCUAAAGUAAAUCUGCCUGGAAUCUGAGCCUAUAAGCCAAAUACAAGAUGCACAAGCACUUUCAGACCAUGUUAAAGACUAAGUUGAAUGUCCUAACUCUUCGUAAAGAGCCUCUCCCGACAGUGAUCUUCCAUGAACCAGAAGCCAUUGAGCUGUGCACCACAACUCCCCUCAUGAAGACCCGGACUCACACUGGAUGCAAGGUUACAUAUUUGGGUAAAGUUUCCACAACAGGGAUGCAGUUUUUGUCGGGCUGCACAGAAAAACCAGUCAUUGAGUUGUGGAAGAAGCACACGCUCACCAGGGAGGAUGUUUACCCAGCUAAUGCCCUGCUGGAAAUUCGCCCUUUCCAAGUCUGGCUGCAUCAUCUGGACCUCAAGGGUGAGGCGACAGUGCACAUGGAUACCUUUCAGGUAGCACGUAUAGCCUACUGCACUGCUGACCACAACGUCAGCCCAAACAUCUUCGCUUGGGUCUAUCGGGAGAUCAACGAUGACCUGUCCUACCAGAUGGACUGCCACGCUGUGGAGUGUGAGAGCAAGCUGGAGGCCAAGAAGCUGGCCCAUGCCAUGAUGGAGGCCUUUAAGAAGACUUUUCACAGCAUGAAAAGCGAUGGCCGGAUCCACAGGAACAGCUCAUCGGAGGAAGUGUCUCAUGAAUUUGAAUCUGAUGAUGGCUGACUGAACUCAUUCACAGUUCAGCAAAGGCAGAAAUGGCUUAGGGAAUGAGAGCUGAUAGGUGAAUAAGCAACAAUUGAAACUGGGUAAUGAAAGGACUGCCAAACACUUGUCUGACCAGCUUUUUAAAUCAGAAGAGCAAUUUGGUACCUACAGAUAUGCAUCAUUAAAGUAAUUACGUUGCAUUGAAAUCUGCUGCUGUUGUAAAAGUGAGAAAAAGAUCUCCCUCCCCCACCUCUGUCACCCUCCCAUCACUGUUCCUUUUUUGUCUCUGUAGUUCAGGUGCAUACCAUGAAGUGCAGUCAUUCCUGUUUGUCUUAUGAGACUGGUCAGGCAAUUUUAUUAGUUGCUUCUCUGGCAUUCCUAGCUGCAGGCUGAUGCUGAAGCACAAGAGCAAGUAGGCCUGGAAAGCCCUAAUGGUUCCCGAAGAAUCUUUCCCCAUGAUACAUCACACAGACCCUUUGACAGUAUGUAGGCUAAGACAGCCAUACACAGCCUUUUAGACUAAUGGCCUGGCAUUCUGCAGUUAAUUCACAUUUCACAGAUGAAAGAUGAAAGAUGCUUGUAUGUACACAUUAUAUCAUAUGCUAUCCUUUAUUUUAUUCAUUGUACCUAUUUUCUUAACAUACUGGCUGCCAUGUCUUUCACCCAACACCAGUAGUUGCAGUUUCAGACUGUGUACUGCAGGAUACCAAAAAGGGGUGGGCAGAAAUACUCCCUGGUGGCUGGGGGGUCAGCAAGUCAGCCCUGCUGUCUGUGCAUUAGCCCACCCUGAUUGCUCCACAGGAGGGGGGCCCGCUGGGAAGAGUUGAGGGACGCUUGGGUGUGUCAGUGUUAGAACUGUGACUUCUCAUCAACCUCAGGGGUGACGAGAUCCGAGCGCGGUGGGCACAGCUCUGUGUCCCCUUUCUGCAUUGCUGGUCGAGCGACCCUGGUGGGAUGGAGCUGGCAGUGUCUCACCACACAGGGCUGCCUCACUGUAAAGAUCAAAGGAAGUGGUCCCUUAGGAGUCAGGUUUGAACAUCUGUUCUGGUUGAGAACCUCGUGUUAAGAUUCCCUUAUCUUUCCUUGUUCACAGAUAUACAGUCAUGCCUUUCUUAAAUGCAGAUGUUUAAUAAAACUCAAAUAAAGUAAAAACUUGUUUCACUUGAUAUUUUUUAAGGCUGAGAGCAGAUCAAUAGUUUGCAAGUAAUGCUGCUCCUUUGUACAAUUUUGUUUGUAAUUAUGGUAAUGUUAGGGGCACUAGGGCACCUUACAGAAGCCUUAAAAGAAAGCUAAUCCAAGCAGAUAGCUCUGUGUCUGUGUUUUGUGUCUCUGUGUUUGUAUGUGAGAGUGUAUGUGCGAGUCCAGUGGUAAAGCAUGUGGAUUGAGCAUGGAGAUGUAUUGAGGAGGGCCCACACCUCUUGAAAAUAUGCUUGUUGCUUUACAAUGUAUGUAAACUGUUCUCCAGCAUAAAUGCAUUCAUACUUUAAUAAAAAAAAAAAGUUUUGAGUUAAA